AUGAAGCUGUCAACCGUCCUUUCCACCUUUGCGCUGGCCAACGUCAGCGCCGCCGCGGCGGUCGACCUUAACAUGGGCCAGGAGGAGUCCCCCAUCGUCGCCAGGUCCCCGGCCAGGACAUCCUCCCGCCGGCGCGCAAAGGGAGGGUCAUGGGGCCAGUUCCCCGCGCCUCGCGUUAUCUCGGAUGACGAUGAUGAACAAAAGUUGUUUGAAAUUUGCAUGGAGAGCUGCAGGCGAAACCGGCUUCAAGAAGGCAAAAUCAAAAAUCUCAUUGAAAUUGACAAAGCUCUAGGUCUCGCCGGGUAUUAA